UAGGAAAGAGGGGCUCGCGCAGAGGAGAAAGAGAAAGGCAGGCGUGCUCCUGGAAGUAGAUUUCCCCCCGUUUUGGCAAUGACAAAAUACAAAUAUCGUGCUUAUUAAUUCCUACACGUUAGAAGCAAAAACGGCUUUCGCAGGAGCGGAGUUUGCAAGUUGCGGCUCAAGAAGUUUGCCGACAUCCAAGCUGAGAAUUUAUUCCGGAAAUAACUUCUUCUGAUUAAAAGCACAGGAGCAAGGCCAGUAAAAAAAGGUAGCCGUAACUGUGAAGAAGGAAACUGAGUGGGAGAUAAGAAGUUCGGAGCAGCUUCGUUGCCUUCUAGAAAUCCUUCCCUGCCCUACCACCCAUGCUUUUGGAGAAAGACCUAUUAAGGCAUUUGAAAGUGCCAUCCCAAAAUACUACAGGACCAGCCUGUUGAUAUCGCUUGGCCUUGGGGCCAAGGUCCAGACAAGAGUUCACACAACCUGCAUUGCUGCAGUUUCCACACUUAAAAGCAAGGAGGAAAGAUGGAGAAGAGUUCAGACAGCGGGGGGCCGCUCCCACGCAUUGUUCAGGUGAUGUAUUUCAAAGAGCUGCCGAGACAGGCCAUGCUUCAAAAUAACAACCAGCAGCCAGAUAUGCAGUCGCCCCAGCAAUGGGAAGCCCAGUGGCAGGAAUUUCUGAAUACACUACAACCUACUCAGAUGGGAUGGGGAAACCCAGAGCUGACUGAAAUGGUGCCGUGGGAUGACGCCAAGGCUUUUCUGACCUCGUUUGAGCAAGUCGCCGAAGCCUGCCAGUGGCCUAGAGAAGAAUGGGUGGGCCGACUCCUGCCAGCGCUGAGGGGAGGCAUGGAGCAACUCUUUUGCAGGCUAGAUGCCCGAGACCGGUGCGACUAUGGGAAGGUGAAGGCCGCCAUCUUGCGAGGGAACUCGGUCCGAAUGGAGUCGAAACGCCAGCACUUCCGGCAGUGCUGUUACGAGGAUGGGCCCCGAAGGGUUUAUAGCCAGCUCCGGGAACUUUGUCGCCAAUGGCUGAAGCCGGAAAAACACACGAAGGAGCAGAUUUUGGAGCUGAUCAUCCAAGAGCAACUUCUGGCCAUGCUUCCAUCCGAGGUCCAGAACUGGGUACGGGAGCGUGGCCCAGAGGAUUGCAUCGAGGCAGUGGCUCUGGCGGAGGAUUUCUUAAUGGGUCAUCGGGCAACCAGGACAUGGGAAUGGCCGGUGCCGUUGCCAGAAGUAACUGGAAGGUCCUUGGAGGGAGAGGGAUCUAUUCCGGCCUCUGCUCAGAGACAGUUUUGUGUGGGGGUCAAUCAAAAAAGUAAUGGGGAAAUCGGCUUGAUGGCUAGUGAAAUAAUGUCCGCAAGGAAUUCCAGUGUGGCGCUUCCUCCUGAGGGACAGGAAAUGGCUGGAACUGGGCUGACUGGGGGGCUUGUGGAUGUGAAGACUGAGCCUUUGGAUGAGCCAGACCUUGAUCAGAAGCCCUUGCGCUUGGACAUCAUGCAAGGGAACCCUGGGAAUGCCCAUGCUUUGGAUGGACUUUUGGCUCCCACACCUGAGAUGGCAUUCCAACAUGAACAACAGGAAGCUCUCUACCCCCAGGGACCUGAGGAUGGGGAGACCAUUCCCGAUAGCCUCCUAGGCGGAAGAAUUCUGGAUGAGAUCAAAACAGAAUAUGAUCAGCAGGCAGACUCGGACACUGAAGACUCCUAUGAACCAUUUCCAGAAGAAUCUCCAGAUGAUGCUUCUAUGAAUCCUGGGGGUUGUGAUCUCCGUCCCAAAGUAAUGAUAAGCCUAAGGGAACCUGAUGGGGAGGAGCAGAGUGUCUCCACUCAGCGUCGGGGAAGAAAAGGUGCAGCGAAGAAGAACAUCAAAUCCACGCAGAAAGAGAAAAAGCAUGGGUGCCCCCAGUGUGGACACAGGACCUAUUACUUGUCAGAUCUACUUAGGCACAUGAAAAGUCACACGCCAAAAAGACCUUUCAAGUGCCGCGAAUGCGGGAGAACCUUUGCGCAGCAAGAAACUCUGCAGAACCACCAGAGGAUCCAUGCACCUGAAGGUGGCCCAAGUAGCGGCAAGAACACAUUUGGGAAGAGAACCUCAACUCGCAAAGUAGCAAAAAAACACACGUGUCCCAUAUGUGGUCACGGAACGACAACACUGCACAGCCUUGCAGAACAUAUGAGGAUUCACACGGGAGAACGGCCAUACCAAUGCCUUGACUGCGGCAAACUCUUCCGAUUUAAGUCGAAUCUUUGUAGGCACCAGAGGAUCUCUAGCCACUACACGAGUAGUGCAAAAUCUUCCAAGAAGCCAGGGAAGCUCAAGAAUAAUUCCCUGCAGCAGGAAAGGAUCAAAAUGAAGGAUGCAUUUGGAACAGCCACAAACACUGUUGCUGAGGGCUGGGAGACAACUCCCGCUUCAAGGCUACGCCCAAGGAAACCUCAAGGGCAGGAACGGUCUCCUGCAGGUGUGACGGGAACCAAAAGCUAUCCGAAAGAGAGGAAACACGUGUGCCCUGAAUGUGGACAAAGAUCAGAGAAGCUUUCAGACAUGAUUAGACACAUGAGAAUCCAUACAGGAGAAAGGCCUUAUAAAUGCCUGGACUGUGGGGAAACCUUCCGGUGGCCAGCGAACCUUCGUCAGCACCAAAAAAAGACAUCCCACCGAAGGCGAUCUUUCCCCACUACUUCUCUUGCAGGACGUCAGCUAAGGCGUCAAGGUGAUGACGACGCAAGUUUCCCUCCACAAAAACGUCCCAGGGAGAGCCAGGGAGAGCCCCAUCAACCUGAGGAAGCUGCUGCGAUGGUGAAGAAAUCAAUCAACUGCCCAAAGAAGAAGAAACACAGCUGCCCAGAAUGUGUGUACAACUCUGAACGAUUAUCAGACGUUGUGAAACACAUGAGACUCCAUACGGGAGAGAGACCUUACUCAUGUCUCGAAUGUGGGAAAACCUUCCGGUGGCUCUCGAAUCUUAACGAACACAAGAGAAACCCCAAGUCCUGCCAGAAGAUGCCCGUUCCAGAAACUUCGCUUGCUGAAUGUGAUGUAACACUCAGUGAUGAUGAGGAGUUGAUUAAUAUCCUGCAUAAGAAAUCUCAGCAAAGAGGACCUGAAUCCAAGAACUACUCUGUGAAAUCACUAAAAGAAUCUUCUGCGGCUCGUGGGGUCAGGGCCACGUCACAUCCGAGGAAAUUGCAAGGCCGGGAAGGAAGUGCUCUACGUCAGAGAAGCACCGUGGUUGUGAAGAAAAGUCGAUAUGACCAGAGAGAGAGAAAGCAUGAGUGUAAGGAAUGCGGGCAACGAACCUAUUACUUGUCGGAUCUGCUGAGGCACAUGAGAAUCCACACGGGCGAAAGGCCCUACAAAUGCCCCGAAUGUGGGAAAACCUUCUCAUUGACCUCAACCCUUAACAGUCACCUGAAAAUCCAUAAGUCCAAGGGUGCCCUCAACAGCAGCAAAAGCUUCACCAAAAGAAUUGCAGGCCAUGCCGGAAAGAAAAAAUACACAUGUUCCAAAUGUGGACAUAAAGCCAGUAGUUUAUCACUCCACCUUAAACAUAUGAGAGCCCAUGCAAGAGACGUACUUCACACAUGUCAGGAAUGUGGGCGGACCUUCACAUUCAAGUCCAACCUUUGUAGACACCAGAAAAUCCACAGGCGGAAGAGAGAGCUCAACAACAAAAAACCACUUGCUGGACGUCGGGAAACUAGUAAAGUCCCUGCAGGCAGUGAGGAACCAAGUCAGACAACGAAGGAGAAUUCUCAGCAGGGAAGGACUGAGCUUAAGAAAACAGGCAGUCUGAAGCCAGAAAUAAGUUACGGGGUUACUUCUGCAACACUUGUGAUUCGUGAUCGAGCGUACGAGUCCAAGAAACCACAAGGUGAGACCUCUGUGAAAGACGAAACUGAAUCCACUAAAGGCGCAGAAGAUAGCACUACACGUAAGGAACCUGCAAUACGGAUCAAUUUAGAAAGGUUUGCAUAUUUCAAGGCUGAUAAGACUUCUGACGACCAGUCGGGACUCGCAUUUUCCAAAGCUGCUAAGACUUCUGACGACCAGUCGGGACUUGUGACCAGUCAUGAAGCCCAUGCAAGUGAGAAGUCACAUCAAUGUUCUCUGUGUGAGAAAAUCUUUUCGCUCAAAAGUUACCUCGCUGAACAUCAGAAUAUCCAGAUAGGAGCAAAGCCAGACAAAUGCCAUGACUGUGGGAACCGUUUCGCUUGGAAGGAGAAGCUGAGCAGACACCAGCUAAUCCACACAGGGGUGAAAAUGUACAGUUGCUCCAAGUGUGGGAAAGAUUUCUUGCAGCAGGAUGCCUUGCUGACCCAUCUGAAAACGCAUGAUGUCUCCCUGGAGACAGACGCUCCAGCUGUGGAGAAUGCUGUGGUCAAAGGAACAGCUAAUGAGACAGGAGAGAAAUCGUACAAAACAGAAUCCUUAUGAAUGCACCAAAUGUGGGCAAGGUGUUGGUCAGAAGUAUAGAAGGCUUAGAAAUAUUAGACGGCUUAGACAUCGGCAAACUCAUAUGUGAAAGAAAUAAGAAGUGAGCAAGCACCUCCAUAAAUUCAUGGAUGUAUUUAUGUAAUGCCUUUGCAUCUCUUCCCCACCCCCCCACCCAUGCCACCUUUUAUCUCAAAUAGGUCAUUUUUGCAUUCAUGCUCACACAUUGAUUAUGUUUAGCUUCAUUCUGUGAAGAGCUGCAUGUUGGAUCUCUGCUAAAGGCACAGGAGCGGAGAAUCUAUUUUCUUCUGACCAGUUGGCAACUCAGCCAAUGCCACACAGCUUCAUCUGUCUCUCUUGACUUCUGUGCUGACAGCUUACACACAAACACUCUCUCUCUCUCUCUCUCUCUCUCUCUCUCUCUCUCUCUCUCUCUCUCUCUCUUUUAGUAGUAGAAAUUUUAAUAAAUGUCUGAUAAUAUUAGCAGUUGUACUAAUACUAGGGAGGGCUCUUUUCAGUGGGCUGAAACCAGAGCUUUUACAAUCCAAUGCUACAGAGAUUUCAAAGACUGCCGCUUACUUUUUAACCUCGUGGUGCUUUAACCCCUUUUGUUGUGUAUCUGAUCCCACCUCUCUUCUCUUCUGGAGUUGCGAUACCAUGACUCUCUCUACAGCCAUAGUGAGUGCCCUAAAAUAGAAACCAAAACUAGCUUUUGAUUGCAAAAAACUUUUACGAUGCCUUGAAGAGGGACCUGUGGAGAAGGCACCAGGGAAUUCAUAUAGAGGCAAAGCCCUGCUAAUGCUCAGAGCUGGGCACUUACCUGAUUUGAAAAGUAGAUAGUUGUAACUCAGACAAGCUGUAUUUGAAUUGCAAAUGACAUCUUGUCACGCAUUAGGGAAUCCAUGUGAGCGAGGGAGUUUGUGAAUUAAAAGCUUUCUUGUGUGGAUUUGCUGAUUUUUAUGCCAUGAAAGCUGCUGUUUUUUGUAUUGGAGGAAGUUAUGUCAAACUCGUUAAGCCUGUAAUAUAAACUUGUCCUAAAUUAUCUCACUAACUGCUCUAAGGAGGCUUACUUGGAAGCUGAGUCCUGCUGAGAUCAAAGAGACUCUUCUGGUAGAUAUAUUUUAGCACAGUGGUGCUCUGACUUAUGCUCUCAGCAUUGGGACAAGCUGUGUGAGGCACAUCCUAAUUCUCAGCAUUAUUGCUUCAGAUACGGAAGGUGGGUGGGGAGGGAAUAGCCAUCUCAUCUAGCUUGUCUCCUCUUGGGGAGGAAAAGCUGGUGUCAGCAGCAGCUCUUUCAGCAGGAACUGGGUCUCCCAAAUGUUCUCCCUAGUCCCCUCCUUGGUAAUUUCAGUCUUCCUCUUAUAUAGGCCAUGACAGGCCUCUAGUCAUGUGCACGGACCGGUUCGGAGGCCAUUCUAAAGGCCUCCAGACCGGUCCGGACACGGGGUGGUUUUGGUUCG